UUUCAGGAUCCAAUAAUUCAACCUUUGGUUGAGCAAGAUUCUAAAACUCUCCAACAGUUGCUUACAGAGAUACCCUCUUGGAUUAAAAAUCCAGACUUUGACCGUCUUGAUUGGCUUAAUAAAUUUAUUGAGCAUAUGUGGCCUUAUCUGGACAAGGCAAUUUGCAAGACUGCAAGGAGUAUAGCAAAGCCCAUUAUUGCUGAGCAAAUUCCGAAGUACAAAAUUGAUUCAGUUGAAUUUGAAGAACUUAACUUGGGUUCUCUGCCACCAACUUUUCAAGGUUGAUCUCUCUCUCUCUUCCACACUCACAUGAGCAUUAAGUAUGUGAAGCUGCUAUUGUGUAAGACUCAUUUUUUUUAUCAUGACCCCAUUGCUUAAACAAGUAUAUUUUUAAU